GUGAUGCAUCCACAGCCUGGUGUUAUCCUUUGUAUAUAUUGGUAGGAAGGCUGUGUUUAUCUGACUUUUUAUCUAAAGACAAGGUUUUUUUCCUGAAGUUAUCUAAAGAACCAUUCUUGAUGGUUACGGAAUAUAAUAUUUACUACUGUACGGACAUCAAACGUGAAAUGGUGAGCGCAGGUCUAGUUUAGUAAGUGAGUACUGCACAUGAUGACUAAAAGACUGUGAACAAACAUCAAUUAUAGAUUUUUAUCGUUAUUGUGACAUUAUUAGAAGAUUUUGAGGAAAACACGACAAUUCUUUUUAUACAUGGGACUUUUUACACAACCUGACUUGACAAGAAAAGCGUAGAUUGAAUACAAUUCUCCUCUACCAUGUCUACAGAGGAGACAACAAAUGCGUGUAGAGCGUGUCGACUUCUCCUGGGUCCGUGUACAGAUCAACUGAGGGAUGUUUUACGUCGUCAUGUACCGCCGUCGACAUUUCAACACGUCAUUGUACAAAAGAUAAGUAAUCUACCUCGUCUGACAGUGCCACAGUUAAAUCUUAUUUUACCUCGUGGUAGUACUUAUGCUGGAAAUUAUAGUGAUAUGGAUAUUCCUUUAUUGAAUAUACUGCUUAGAAACAUCUGUGGCAUACCACCACACAAUAAUGGUUGGGGCAAUGACCCAGAUCCUACGGACAGGUCUCUCUCUGCCAACAUCGAGAGGAUUUGCAUCGCUAGAAAUCAUUGUCUAAAUCUUUCCAGCCCAAUACUUUCCAAUGCUGAUUUCAACACCAUCUGGUCCACUGUUAGAUCAGCAGUUGUGGAUCUUGACUCUUUCCUUAACAAUGGAAAUCAUUUUGAAAAAGAGGUGGAUUUUUUGAGACAUGAGACAAUGGACCCUGUUGAUGACCAUCACUACCUUGAAGAAUUGAGAAACCAGGCUGAAGAAAAUAUAGCAUCAGGAGAAAUAGUGGACGGACUUAAACGUAAACUAGAAGAGAGAGAUACAGAUCGAAUUGAGAGUCAAAACAAAAUGCUGAAAAUUAUUGAUGACAUAUCAAUUGCAGCUGUUCCCCCAAAUGUGAAAGCUAUUCAUGAGAUUGAUAUGUUACAAUGGAAAGAGGAUGACAAAGUUUACUAUGAGUCAUACAAAUUCCAUGAAAUGCUGGAAAAAGUGAAGAAUCAGACUCAUGUGACAUUUGUUGGAGUCCCAGGAUCUGGGAAAACAGCAACAGCUCGUCACAUCGCCCUGAUGUUACAACAGGAAGGAUAUGAGAUUGUACCCAUCAGAGACAUCAGAAAGAUAGAGGACUAUUGUGAUCCCAAUAAUCCACAGGUUUUUGUUUUAGAUGAUGUGGUAGGUGUAUUUGGACUUGAAAAGACAAAAUUAAACCUUUUGCAUGAUUACCAAGAUAGAAUAAUGACACCUGUUAUGUCAAAGUCAAAAACUAUCAUGACAUGUAGAGAAGCUGUAUAUAGAAAAACAAUUGAGUCAAGUUCAUUUUUUACAGAUCAAAGCAAUAUUGUUCUGUUACACAGUGAAAAAUUUGCUUUAACUAACACUGACAAAACUAACAUAUUGAUAAGAUACAACAUAGAUGUAGGUCUGUUGUCUCCAAGUUUGACUUCAGUAUCAAGAAUGUUUCCCUAUCUGUGCAAAUUAUUUUCAUCAGAAAAGAAAUUCCAGUUGUAUGGGUCAGCAUUUUUUAAAAAUCCAGUGCCAUGCAUUUUGAAGGAACUUGAAGAAAUGAAAAAGCAAAACAAAGUCCACUAUGCUUCUCUGGUUUUAUGCACGAUGAAUGAAAACAAAAUUUCAGAAAAAUUCCCAGAAGAAAUAGAAAAGAAAGCAAUGUUUCAAAACUUUAAUGAAAUGAAAAAUAAUGUUCUAUUGAAAUGCAAACUUAGCAGGCAAACUGAUAAUUUUAGAUUUGUUGAUGCAUUGUCACAUAUGAAAGGGACAUAUACAAAACUCUGUGAUACUGAAUACAGCCUUGUGCAUGAUUCCAUGUUUGAAAUCGUUGCCUAUCAUUUUGGUUGUCAGUUUCCAGAACUGAUUUUACAAUUUAUGAGCAGUAGCUAUAUUGCUAACAAUGUGAAACUUCAGAAAUAUGAAAAUCAGGAGUUUCUAAAUAAAUAUAAAAAUGAAAAUUCAUUAAGAAGCAGAUGUGAACAGGUGGAAGAGGAUGUUGCAUUCAGUUGCGAAAGCAAGGUUGGCAUGGAAUCAUUUGAUCUCUGUAUAAGGUUAACAGAGGAUCAGUAUUCCUUAUUAGCAGAACGUUUAUAUAAAGAUGUAGAAAAUAUGGAACUGUUUAACGUUUUCACUAAUAACGUUUUAAAACAGCGUAAGGUGUGCAAAGCUUUUACUGAAGUAUUAAAAAGAAAGCCUUACACAGAAUUAAAAUCUCUGUUUCUAUUGGAGCAAAAUGAUGCGUCCAAGGUAGUAAGUAUAGGUGAAUGUGUAAUACGAAAGGAGCAUGAGGAGAGGGAUAAGGCGAUGAAUGAGUUUCACAGACAGAUGGUCUUGAUAAAUAUGAGAAAGCCACCCCUAAGAAAACGAACACACAGCGUGAGGGUGAUCAGUUGGGUGGUUUAUUACGGACACAGUGAGAUUUUACAAUACAUUUUUGAGCAAACAGAACGACACAAAGAGACACAAUCUAAAGUGUUUUUGAAUCCUUUUCAUCCUGCGUUAAGCUUUAUAAUAAAGAAAGGCGAGAAGAUCACUGCAGCAAACAAUGAAACAGACAAUUUAUGUCCUCUGAAACCAUGGAGUGAUUCAAUAAAUCAAUCUGUUUGUGAACAACGUCGCUUACUCAUAUUGAGUUGUUACAGUGGGGAUUUAGAGACUUUUAAAAUAUUUAUCAAACACGUCAAUCUAGAUAAAAUCAUCAGGGAACAUGAACAUUCACACUUUGAUGAGAUAUGGAAUGACACACCACUUGCAGCAGCAUGUGAGAGAGGAGAAAUCAGUAUAGUGAAAGUGCUUCUGGAAGCAGGUGCUGAUGUUAAUCCACAAAGUAUGCAUAAAACACCACUUACAGCUGCAGCCGAGAGUGGACAUACUAAUGUGGUGAAGGAACUUCUAAAAGCAGGGGCUGAUGUGAAUCCACAAGAUAAAUAUGAUAUUCCACUGACAGCAGCAUGUAGAAAGGGGCAUUUGUGUGUUGUUAAACAGCUUCUAGAUGCGGCGGCUGAUGUUAAUCCAGAAAGUGCAAAUGAAACACCACUGACAGAAGCAUGUUUUGGCGGACAUAUAAAUGUCGUAAAGGAGCUGGUUAACGCAGGGGCUGACGUCAAUGUACACGGUUUAAAUACACCUUUGACUGAAGCAUGUGAGAGUGGACAAAUAAGUCUAGUGAAGUACUUGUUAGAGAUCGGAGCUGAUGUCAAUGGUUUAUCUAAUCAACCACUCAGAACAGCAUGUAAGUGUGGACAUUUAGAUGUAGUGAAAGCGUUGCUGGCUGCAGGGGCUGAUGUCAAUCUACAAGAUCAUAAAGAUACACCGUUAACAGAAGCCUGUAAGGAGGGACAUAUGAGUGUCGUAAAGGUGCUGCUAGAAGCAGGGGCUGAUGUUAAUCUGAAAGGUUUAUUUUAUACACCAUUGACAGCAGCAUGUGAGAAGGGACAUUUCAGUCUAGUGAAGGAGUUGCUACAGGUAGGGGCUGACGUCAAUCUACAGGGUGAAAAUACACCUCUGACAGAAGCAUGCAAGUGUGGGCAUAUAGAUAUAGUAAAAGAGUUGCUAAUGGCAGGCGCUGAUGUAAAUCCACAAGGUGAGGAUUAUACACCAUUGACAGAAGGAUGUAGGAGUGGACAUAUGGGUGUAGUAAAGGAGCUGCUACAGGCAGGGGCUGAUAUAAAUCUUCCAGGUGCUUUUGAAACACCAUUGACAGCAGCAUGUGAAGCUGGACAUCUUAGUAUAGUAAAUGAGCUGCUAAAGGCAGGAGCUGAUGUCAAUCCUCAAGGUGAAAAUGGUUCACCCCUAAUAGCAGCGUGUAAAUAUGGACAUAAGACUAUAGUGAAUAUUCUGCUAGAAUCAGGGGCACACGUCAAUCCACAGGGUACAUAUAUCACCCCACUGACUGCAGCAUGUACGGGUGGACAUCUAAGUAUAGUUAAGGAUCUGCUAUUGGCGGAGGCUGAUGUAAAUCUAAAAGAUAAAAGUAAGACGCCUCUGGUAGCAGCAUGUAGGGGUGGACAUAUAAAUGUAGUCAAAAUACUGCUGGAGACAGGAGCGGAUGUCAAUCCACAAGUUGAAAAUGAUUCACCUCUGACAGCAGCAUGUUUAAGUGGACGUAUGAGUGUAAUGAAGAUUUUGCUAGAGGCAGGUGCUGUUGUUAAUAUAAAGGACAGUUUCGGAAGAACUCUUUUAUAUCAGGUUAUUUUAUUUAGUACAGAUACUCUCAAACCUGCUCUACUGAUGCUAAAUAGUUAUGGGGCAGACUCAACUCUUUGUACUGAAGAUGGUCUAUCAGCUUUGUGUAUUGCAUUAGUAAGGGGUCAAUUUGAUGUUCUAAAACAAUUGGUUAACACUGAGGAUAGAUGUCGGUUGAUUAAUUUGAACUUACAUUUGUACGAGUGUCUGGUAAACAUAAGGCAAGGCGCCGUUGUGACUGAUAGUAAGGAUGAUGUGGUGGUGACACGGCAACGAGUAUGGCAUAUAAAUAAAUUGGGAGAUUUGUAUAAAACAAUCACACAUGGUAAAUAUUAUAUACUGAGACAUCUCUUAGAUCUGGGCUUGGAUUCCAAUCAGAUGAUACAACUGUACCGUGAUUUUAAUAAUGAGUCAGAUGUUAGACCUCUGUUGUUUACACUGGUUGAUGAAGGGUAUGUUAAUGACAGAGUAGAAAAGGUACGGAUUCUCCUUGAGGCGGGGACGGAUGUGAAUUUCAGGGUUAGGUACAAUGAACAGGAUUCUACGUUAGACAGAUGGGCAUUUUUAAAUUUGAGUUCUGCGUUUAACAAAGGAGGCGUGUCUAUUUUAGAGAGAACAUGGCGACUGUGAAAUCAUCCAGGUUUGAUAGACGUAAAGGGCCCGAGUACAAGAGAGUGCUUAGUGAGGUAAAGAAACAUGUGAGGCGAUAUUCUGUAUGAAUUUAUAUACUAGUAUUCAGAUACUUUUAGCGUAAAUGUGUAUGAUAGCCUAGUGAAAAAAAGUUUAUUUAAAUUUUUCCAUCAUCUGACAAAGUUUACAGGUCAUUUUUGUCUGUUUGCCGUUUAACAUCUUGCUCGAGAAUUUUUCACUCAUAUUGAAGUUUAUUUUAACAAACGUUUUGUUUAAUGGUUACAUGUACAUUAAUUAUAUGCAAUCAUUAUUUGAUAUGGAUUUUAAAUUUCAGUAUAAAUAUCUCAAAAAGCUACUUCUUUUAAUGUAUUUGCUAAGUUUAUACAUGGGAACUAUGAUUUGAGUUGUUUAUUUAAAAGUAAAAUGGACAAGCAAUCUUAA